GAUUUGUUUAAGCCCAUUUCGGAAUAAUGGGCCAUUAGAUUAGGCGCACCUCCUUCUAGAACCCUCCAGAACCUUCCUCCUACCCCGCCUCCCCGUCCCCCCCACUCCGGCGAGGAGCGCCGACGCCCUCCUCCUCCGUGGCGCCCUUCCCCUCCCGCGGUGGGGGCUGCCUACACCCAGGGACGGCCGGGGCCGGCGGCGGCGGCGCCGGGAGGGAUGAAGUACCCGCCCAUCCCGCCGCGCCGGGCCGCCUCAUGCGGCUGCGGCUACCUGGCCGCCUUCGUCGCGCUCAUCGUCAUCACCUCGCUCCAGAUCCAGCACCACCACCUCAAGGUGGAUCUCGGCAGGUCCGACUACGCCGCGGCCACGGCCACGCAGCAGCGGCGCCGGGAGGGGGGGAACGGCGCGGCGGCCCGCUGGAACUGGAACCGGAGGACCGGCGCCGAGGGCCUGCCGCGCGGGAUCGUCCAGACCAGCUCCGACAUGUUCCUCCGCCCGCUCUGGGACCCCGCCGCCAACCGCGCCAUCCCCAAGAAUAAGAAUGACAGACACAAAGCUCUCCUGGCGAUGGCGGUCGGGAUCUCUCAAAUGCAGAAUGUGGACGUGAUGGCUCGUAAGUUUCUGAAUGAGAGCUACACGGUCAUGCUGUUCCAUUAUGACGGGAACGUGGAUGGGUGGCGUAGCCUCGAGUGGAGCGAUAAGGCCAUACACAUUGUUGCGCCCAACCAAACUAAAUGGUGGUUUGCCAAGCGUUUUCUGCAUCCUAGUGUCGUGGCUAUCUACGAUUUCAUCUUUUUAUGGGACGAAGACCUUGGGGUGGAAAAUUUUGAUCCGAGGAGAUAUAUUGAUAUAAUGGUUUCCGAAGGCUUAGAAAUCACGCAACCUGCAUUGGAUCCUGAUCUAUCAACAGAUAUUCACCACCGCAUCACAAUCCGCAACAAGAUGACAAAAGUGCAUAGGAGAGUAUAUGACAAUCGUUCAAGCAUGAACUGUUCUGAUGAUAGUAAAGGACCUCCAUGCACAGGGUGGGUUGAGGGCAUGGCACCAGUUUUUUCUCGUGCUGCCUGGAAAUGCGUAUGGCAUCUAAUACAGAAUGACUUGAUUCAUGGAUGGGGCCUUGACAUGAAGCUUGGUUAUUGUGCUCAGGGUGAUCGAGCUGAGAAGGUCGGUGUAAUUGACAGUGAGUAUGUCGUCCAUCAAGGGAUACCAUCAUUAGGAGGGCCAUCAGAUACCAGCAAGUUACCUCGAAGAUCUUUGGAUUUGCGGACACACAUUAGAAGACAGUCGUCGGCGGAGCUGGAAAAGUUCAAAGAACGGUGGGAAAAAGCCGUAAGGGAAGACGAUGAGUGGAUGGAUCCUUUUGACGCUUGAUUACUUUGGAAGAAACAUCUGACAUGAAGAUACAAGGCCCACCAUACAUGGGUGGAUGCGUCCACAUUCAUCAUGGCGGUUGGAGUCGAGAUCAUGUGGGCCUCAUAGCAAAACAGUUAGUUAUAUAGCCUUAUAGGCAUUUUGCUGACUAACACACACCACCCUGCCCUCAAGAAGAGCUGGAAGAACAAGUGGGAACGGCGUCGCGCUAAUACAUGGAGAAACUGAGCAAGAACCUGUAUACUACCAGUGGCUGACAGACACAGUAUCUUGUAAUCUUAAUUCGAUUCUCCAAUCACCGAGGUUGUAUAGUGACAAAUGAAUAUAUGUAUGUGCAGUUAUUUUUAGUAAUAAUAAGUAUUUAUAGAAAAAAAAAAGUUUGUCCCAUUGUCUGCUGCCAUCUGAGAAUAAAGCCAUUCACGGUCAAGUCAGAUGUAAGGCUGAGCAAUGUAAACGAUAUGGUGGCAGAGCAAUGUUUUGCAUGCUCACUUUCUUGGGUGUGUUGCUGUGAUCACUGACCUGGUAAUUGUACUCCAUGAGAGCUUAUAAAGUGUCAAACUGACCAUUUCCCUC